UCAAAGCCGUUUGAAGAGAGAAACAGAAACAGAGAGAGAAAAUAAGGAGAAAGAAAAAUGGGUAAGGCAGAAACAGUAACAGCACAAGUAGAAGCAACAGUGCCGACGGAAAUGAAGAGAAAGAAGAAGAAAGGCCGUCCUUCACUUUCAGAUCUCAAUAAACGUGACAAUAAAACUUCCAUUUCUACCCCUCCCCGCCGAUCCACUCGCCGGAACCCUAAUUCUCCGCCACCGGACUUCAUCGACGACGACGACGAACGUAAAGAGAAGAAAGUCAAGCUCGUUGUCCGUUUGCCCCAACAUUUUCAACAAAAUUCGUCCUCUGCCAAUUCACUUUCUGAUUCCGACGCCGAUGAUAACGAGACUUCUGUUAAAAGACAGAAAAUUGACGCCGUAGAUCUCAGAUCUGAUGACGCUGUUGCUGAUCAGGGGGAAAAGCUUUUGAAAGCGAUGGACACUUCAAAUGGGUCGCCACUGGUGUCUGGUCCCACAACACCUUUGCCAGACAAAAAGUUGUUAGUGUUCAUUCUUGACAGACUUCAAAAAAAGGACACUUAUGGUGUGUUCUCCGAGCCCGUUGAUCCGGACGAGCUACCUGAUUAUCAUGAGAUUAUAGAACAUCCUAUGGAUUUCGGAACCUUGAGGAAGAAACUUGAUGAAGGACUCUACUCAAACCUGGAAGAGUUAGAGGCUGAUGUCUUCUUAAUAUGUUCAAAUGCAAUGCAGUAUAAUGCCCCAGAUACUGUUUACUUUCGGCAGGCACGAUCUAUUCAAGAUCUAGCAAAAAGAGAUUUUGAUAAUUUGAGACAUGAAGGGGAGGAUGGUGAGUUGCAACCUAAGGUUGUUCGCAGAGGCCGACCCCCGAGCAAAAAUAUUAAGAAGUCUGAGGAGAGUUCUCCGCCCCCAAGCAAAAACCUAAAAAAUUCUGUUGAGAGUUCACCCAUUGAUUGUAUUGGUCCUGAGCUUUCUUCAGGUGCCACUCUUGCAAGUGCAGAGGAAAAAGUCAAUGGAUCUAACUCUUACAAUCUACGAAAGGGACCUAUGCUUUAUAAGUUCCGCUCUGUUGAUACAUCCUCGACAUUUCGCUCUCGCAAUGGUGAAACUCAUUCUGAAUGGUCGAUUGAUUGGAAUAAUGAAUUUCCAGCUUCCAUUUUGAGGGCUGAUAUGAAGUAUGGAAAGAAGCAUUUUUCAGUUGAUGAAAAUAGGCGUGACACGUACGAACUACUCCAUCCUUCAGCUUCUUGUGGUGAGGCAUCUUUGUUGUGGAAUGCUGAUGGAGACCUAAAGCGGUUAAUGGCAGUAGGUAUUCACUUCGAGCAGCAUGCAUACGCUAGAAGCCUUGCCAGAUUUGCUGCAAAUCUUGGGCCUGUUGUCUGGAAAGUAGCUACUAAGAAGUUAGAAACUGUUUUACCUGCUGGAGUUAAGUUUGGUCCUGGAUGGGUAGGAGAAGGUGGAGGAUCUACACAACCGUCAACCUUUCCAUCUCAGAACAAAUCAUCAGACAGCUUGGCAGCUGAUCACCAUUCUGGUAGAGCCGUUACACCAUCUCUUCCAGGACCGAGUUCUGCUGUCAUGUGCAGGCCUACUGGUGAAAUUGUUGAAGCUGCGAAGACAUUGAAUAGCCAAAAUGAACUUGCACAGGGUAGUGGCGGCUUUUCCUGUGCAAAUCCUGCAUCUACCUCCCAGGCCCAGCAAAAACAUUUCCUUAACCCAAGAAAUGGUUUCAAUGGUAUGCUUGGUUAUGGUUUGUCUACGCAAAUGGAGGUAACAAGGUUGUCCCUGCCGAAAGGUCAACCGGGCCUACAAGAGGCCUCAAGGCCUGGUCAAGUGCUUGGAACAAUUCCUGGAAGAGAUACUUCGUCUCAUCGUUCACCUUCAGACCAUGUCUCUUCUCUUGAGAAUAGUCUGCGGGAAACCUGGACUACAUUGCAUUCUGGGAAUUUAGCACCAGGUAAAAAUCUUGAUUUUCGUACAGAGCAGAAUGUGAGGCUUUCUGGUGAUUCACGGCCUGCCUCUGUAUCUUCGGGGCAGUAUAGGCAAUCUCUUCCUAUCCCUCCCGACCUGAAUGUCAAAGUCCAAACCUCAGGCUCCCCUAGUUCUAGCAUACAAGUUGGAUCGCCACAGCAGCCAGAUUUAGUGUUACAGCUCUAAUUUUUGAUAAGCCCUUUUUGCUUUUGAACCUAGUGAAGUAGAUUAUUCAGGUUUACAGAGUAACCUAAAAUGAGGGCUUAGUCAUGGUAGGGAAAUUAGGAAAUGCUUGUACAGAUGAUGUAUCCAAUUUUUUAGGAUUGAAACUAGGGAAUAUCUAUGUAACAACAUUUGAGAAUUUGAACCCAUGAUUCAAAUAGAAAAAGUUAGGGUAGAGGAAGGGACUUGGUUGGCUGUGAUCCGAUUGCAGAAGCCGUGUCUGCCAUCUGUGAAUCAAUUAGACUCCUAUCCAUGACAACGAAUCUUUCUUAGGCAGAUGAUAUUGGAUAUACUGACCAAAAUGUAUACUUGUAUUCUCAUGUAAUUUUGUCGUAAAUCAAACUGAUAUUAGCCUUUGAACUUCCCA